AUGGUACACAAAAUGAAGUGGUUUAAUGCAAGCUACAGGUGGAAUGACAAAGACAGUCAGCCCAGGUACCUGUUUGUUUGUGUUGGAGGGUGUGUCCUGGCGGUUGUCACCAUGGGCAUCUACAGCUCACUUCUAUUCACCUCCACCUUCGUCUUUAUUCUGCUCGUGUGCUCAUUGGACCCCAGCCGUAUCCACCUCUGGACGUUUGCUUUCCAGAUGCUGUGGCAAACCUUCUGGCACCUGCUUAUACAGUACAGGGAGUACUACCUGCACGAGCCUGUCUGCAUCAGAUUGUUUCUGGCAGUGUCCUCUUUGAUGCUGCUCACUCAGAGAAUCACCUCAGUGUCCAUGGACCUCCAGGAAAAAGGAGUUAUGCUAACAGUUAAAGCUUCAUCCAAAAGGAAAGCUUGUGUGAUGCUUCUCCCUCUAAUCAGCUACAUCCUCGGUUUCACCACUCUGCUCGGUGGCCCUUUGUGCUCCUACAGCCGAUUCCUGUCCCAGAUGGCAGGAAUGAGGCUCAGCCCUCCACCUAAUCCACUGGGUGUGGUCUUCUUAAAAUCGAUGCAGGUGUUACUGCUGGAGUGUUCAAGGUAUUGUCUUGUCUGUUUUCUGAAAUGUAACACCUAUGAUCCCUCUGACUCCAGCGUUCUCUACAAGAUCCUGUGGCUUUGGGGUCUGGCGCUGGUUUUGAGGAUCCAGUAUUAUUCUCACUGGAGGAUGAGUGAAUGCCUCAAUAACGCAGCCGGGUUUGGCUUUUGGGAAAAUUCACCAGGAGACUCCCCAGACUGGAGCGGUUUAUCCGAUGGAGAUUUCUGGACCAUCGAGGCGUCGACCCGCAUGUCAGAGUUUGCCCGUCGAUGGAACUCCACAACAGCUUCGUGGCUGCGCAGACUGGUUUACACGAGGUGCAAGCACUUCCCUUUGCUCAUGACUUUUAGUUUUUCACUGUGGUGGCACGGUUUGCAUUUAGGUCACUUUGUGGGAAUGCUGACCUGGGCAGCAACAGUGAAUGCAGAUUAUCAUAUACACAGGCACCUCCGCCCCAAACUUUCAUCAACAUGGAGGAAAACAUACGCUUUUUUAAACUGGAUAAACACUCAAAUGAUUGUUGCUUGUAUUGUUAUAACAGUAGAAAUAAGAAAUGUGUCUAGUCUGAGACUUUUGUCUACAACAUACAUAGGUCUGUUUCCACUUGUUAAUAUAAUUCUGCUUUUUAUCUUUUUAAAACUCAACACGCACACUGAUGUAUGUAACUCACUCCCAUACAUACAAAUAUGUGAUAUAAAGGGUCCACUCCAAUAUGACAGGCUUUUUGUGUCAUUAAAAUAAAUGAAUGGACUUUAUAUCACUCAACAUGGGGAGUCUGCUAUUGUUUCAGUGUACUGUAUUUCUGUAUUUCUUUGUCAUUGUUGCAUGGACUAAUAUUUUGUUGAAGGAACAGCACCGAAGCAGCUUCUGAUUGUGCAACUUGCAUAUACGCUGCAUGGUUGAGUAUGACUAUCCUCUCCAACUUCUUAUAUAAAAGAAGUAGUUAGAGUUUCCAAUGGACAAGCUCAGACAGGUCCAGUGUACGCUACCUGCCUGAGAACUGAGGCAAACCAGUGACUCAUGAAGACAGUUGACUCAGAUAAUUUAUAGUUUGGUAGAUAAAAGUGAAACAACAAGACCAGUAGACCCCUUAAGGCUAGGUGGCUAUUGUUUUGGGAUCUUUCUGCUCCCUAGUGGUAAAAAUUGCUUAAUGCAGCUCUGAGGUGUAUUGAGCAACAAUAACAACAACAGAUAUUAUAUUUUUUGCAAUUAUGGAUGUUUAUUGUGUUUAUUGUGUAAGUGUUGCUGAUUGUGUGAGUAUGUGCAGCCAUUAGAGUUCCACUUAGCUGCACUAGAACACAUAAGAUAUUUGUAUGUACCAGGAGCAAGUUAAUCUCAACAAUAUCCAUCUGAAAGUGAUUUUUUUUUAAAUCAACAACUGUAAAUGAAGUUUUUUUGAGCAAAGAAAAUGUAUCUACUAACUUUAGUGUGUGGGUUAAAAUCACACAGCCUCU